AUGCCAAAGCCAAUGGCCGCUCAAGGCAUUCAUGGCCCUUCCGGAGUUACCCCCUUGUCAGCAUCUCCCACAGUGUCACAUCCACUACAGCCGUUUGGUCGACGCGUUGUGUUGGGUUCCCAGAUUGCGAAAGCUGUAAGGCUUCAACUAAUUGACUCAUUUCACGGCGUCAAAUUGCUAGUAUAUGCAAACAUCGCCGUUCGUGCAGAGUUUGUCAAGUACUCUAUUCGAUACGCCGGCAGUUCAUUUAGUCGCCGUGCUUAUGCAGUUAUAUCACGCGUUGACCAUUGCAAGUCACGCGUUCAGCCAUGGGUCACAAAGGUUUUUAUCCUUUGUACCAAAUACUACAAUGCUAGCGAUUGGAAGGACCUACCUAAGCAAUAUAGCAUUCGCAUUGCUCAAUCCAUGCUCGUCUUGAAUCUGGUCCUGGUUCUUAAAUAUAGGAAACAGAUUCGAAAUACACUAGCAAGAGCGUGCGAAGUUGCAGGUGAGGCUUUCCCUCCCGUAUGGAAAGUGGUGAGAAGGAAAACAGAUCCAUACACGUACCCGAUUCGCGAAAGGUUUGGUCCUGUGGUUGACAAACUGAUUGAAAUUGCCCCGGGUUGCUUUGACGGCUGCAGAAGAACAGUCAAGUUCUGUGCUCCAAUCCUGCGAACUCGGGCUUGGGAGAUGGUGAGCAAUCUUUGGAUCUCGCUAUACGAUUAUACUCUCGCAUUCACUCUUAUAUCAGCAACAGUAUAUUGCGCAAUCGCUCUCUUCACCUGCGCAAUAUAUCUCGUCGCUGCUAUCGUCGCAGUCUUAGCAUGCAUCUGUAUCUGGCAGACAAUGUACAUCCCGAUACGAACAUGCCUCGCAAUUCGAGACGAAAGGCUGAACCGAGAGUGGCAACUGACUGUCCAAAAACAUAAUGCACACAAGUGCAUACCGAAACUUCCUGGUAGGACACUCAGAGAAGCCAAGUUGCUGAUUCAGAGAGAGCUCGAAGCAAAGUCACUGGGGUCAGGACCAAACGUCGUUCAUAUGUACGGCCUAUCACGUAACGUUGGCGCGGCAAGCUCAACUUUCCAGUACGCUGGUCACAGAAGCGCUGAAGUUGGUCGAUACAAAAUGUGGCAACAACAGAAAGUUCGAAAAGAGCCACUAUAUUUCUUCCCGAAAAGGCCAACUACUCGUCAAGAUUUCAAGUCUUUGUCUCUAUCGCGCUUCAAUGGACACAGUCCUACAGUGAAGACGGAGCUUCAGGAUUUCGUAGAAAUGGCCAAGCCAUUAACAAGGUUCUCAGAUGCAAUUUCUCAAUCACGGCAAGGCACUGCAAUAGAACCGUCCUUUCGGCAUCCCAGAUCCUUCAACUGGAGUACUUUCCAGGAUGACCCAAAUCCUGCGUAUAAGGACGCGGUCAGGCUCGAGAGGACCUUACGUACUCUGGGUGCAAUCCAAGAUCGACCAUCGACUCACGGCACCGCAUUGUACACCAACCCAUACAAUGGGGCAGCUUUGGUGAAGAUGCAGCACGACUUUGACGUGAUUAAGAAAUUUUGCACUCAAUGGGAACCUAAAUGA